CAGCACCCUUUGCGCCUGAAAAGCAAACAGCAAGUCACUGCCCCUGCCCAUGGCUUCAGAGGAGGCUGCUGACCCAGGAGUGCAACCCACCAGCCCUGACAACCCCGUCCUCCCCACCACCAGCACCACCACCCCUGCAGCCCCUGCAGCCUCCGCGGCCCCCACCAACCCUCCUAGCUGCAAGAAGAGCCAGAAGAAAAAGGAGAAGGCCAAGGCCAGGGGAGGUGCCCAGGAGGGAGGUGACGAGGCAGUGGGGAGGGUGGCCGCGAUCGAGGGGCUCACACAAGCCGGGCGCCAGGCGCUGGCUCUGGGUGCCGGGCAGGAGGCAGUGGGGUGCUUCAGGAAGGCCCUGCUCCUCUCCAGGGACAUGGUGAGCACUCAGCUCCACAGGGCUUGUGCCUUCAACCUGGGGGCUGCCUACGUGGAGACUGGGAAGCCAAGAAAGGCCCUUGAGUUCCUCCUCCAGUCCCAGCCCUCGGAGAGGGAGAAAGGGGAACACUCGGGGGACCUUUAUUUCAAUGCUGGGGCAGCUCAGGAAGGGCUUCAGGACUUUCCUAAGGCUUGUUUUGGCAAAGCCACCGGCCACAAUGACAUGUCACAGGCUGGUGGUCAAGCAGGGACCCACGUGCAGAUGGGCUGCUGCUACCUGGGGCUGCGGGAGCCGGCACGAGCCGCGCGGUGCUUCCUGGCCGCGGCACAGACCUACAGGGCAGCGGAGAGCCCCGAGGGCGCGGCGGUGGCUCUGAGCAGGGCCAGUGGCUCCAUGCUGCAGAGCCAGAGGUUCCGAGCGGCGGAGAUCGCAGGGGUCCUCGCCCAGUGCCGCUCGCUCUGUGAGACCAUCCCUGACCCAGCCCUGCGAGGGAAACUCUACAAUGACAUCGGCCUGGGUUACUCCCAGCUCCACAUCUUCUCCCUGGCUGCUGAGAGCUUCGAGCGGGCCCUCGGGCUCUGUGGAGGGGAGCUGGAGCGGGACCGGCACCAGGAGGCUGCACUGCUGCAGAACCUGGGCGCUGCCCACAACGCCCUGGACAGUUUUGGCACAGCGCUGGGCUGGCACCGGCGCGCAGCCGCGCUGCACGGCGCUCUGGGGAACCGGAGGGCUCAGGGGCAGUGCUUCGGGAACCUGGCGUACGCCUGCAGCCGGCUCGGGAACCACGAGGCUGCCGCGGAGAACUACCUGCAUGCCCUGCAAGCCUUCCGGGACGCAGGGGAUGUGCAGGGGCAGUGGCAAGCAUGUGAGGGGCUGGGCACAGCCUGCUUCCACCUGGGAGACCCCCAGAAAGCCAUUGAGCACUACCAGGAGGCCCUGACUUUGCUUUCCCACUGCCAGGACACCCCCAGAGCUGCCCGAGAGCAGGUUGUGCACAAGCUCACAGAUGCCAUCCAGCACCGGCUCUGCCUCGGUGGGCGCCUCUCCCGUAGUGGGGGCCGGGUGCCCACCCCAGCUCCGCAGGAGCUCAGCCAGCUGCGGUUUUGCUCCAUGCUGCCCCAGGCCAGUGGGACACGGGUCCAGGGCAGUGAGGUGUCCUUUGGAGGGAAAGCCAAGGACCAGCUCUACAUGUGUGUGCCGGGAGCACAUCCCAGGCAUUCAGGCAGAGGAGUGGCCCUGACUGAUGGCCUCUCGCUGGAGCCCCGCAACCCACACAGCAUCCUGAGCACCUCUGGGGAGGAUGAGGGUGGUCCCAGUGUGGCUCCAGGGUGUCUGAGUCAGUCCCAGGCUAACAGUAACAGGACCACCCCCCUGUGCCUGGCCCCACCACCCCACACAGACCUCCAGCCAUGGCAUUGUGACCACCAAACCCUCCAGCCAAGGCCUCUGGAGCGCCCUGGCGAUGACCCCACUGCCACUGUCACCAGCUGUUGGCCCCGCCGGGAACCCCGCAGAGGGACCAGGACACUGUCCCUUGUCUGCAACCUCGUGUGACCAGCAGGACACGUGGGAGAUGUCGUUUCUCAGGAGGGACAGCCCCAAGCUGGAGCGGGGGGGGGCCAUUGAGCCAACAUGGUUUUAACCCCA